UUCUACAAGGACGUCUGCGAACAUUCAACGUUAUUUUAACAACAUUCACUGAGUUACUUUGAUCAUAGAGACUCACUCUGUUGUUUGUCUCUCACGUGAAUCUGAAGAUGCCUCCUAAACCUCUGGAACCUCUGGCCAAGAAGCUGAUGAAGGGACUGAUCGCUCUGGAGCUGCUGGGCGUCUUCGGUGCGUACGGUCUGUUCCACAAGAUGAACAGCAGUCAAGAUUUCAGGAACACAAUGAACAGAAGGUUUCCAUCAGUUCUGGAAGUUUACUACCGGUCCAAUGAGUGGGCAGGAGUCCACGGCAUCCGAGAGAAAGACCACGACGCGUGGUCGCUCAAACAGGAAUGAAGUUGUCAGUUCAAAAAUCCACGAACACACGGCAGCUGCUACUUCCUCCUCUUGUUCCCGAACGUCUUGCCUCCGGCCCUGACAUGACCGAAGGUCCUCUUCUUGUUGAACGCGGUCUUCUUCCUGCGCAUCGUCUUGGCGUCGCGGUCUUGCAUCCAGUCGUCCCGAUGCGCUUCCCAUUUCAACUGCUUCAGGGCUAGAAAGGACAAAACACAAAGAAGGCACAUCAGUGUCUCUGGUUUUAUGGAUCGAAUGGAAGAUUACAGGAAGAAGUACUGAAGAGGUGGACCAAACCUGAUUCAACCCGUUUCUCUCAGUGGAGAGGUCAUUAAACAUGGCUGGUAUCCAGCAAACUGAAUAAAAACCUUCACCUUCUCUUCUUGUUGUUAACACGAUGCUCAGCACUAGUCACAUACACAACAGGUGUGAACAGCCUACCUGCUUUGUCAGUGUUUGCCAUCGCGUUCACUCCAAUGUUAUCAAACUUGGAGCCGGCGUUCUCAUCCAACAGGGAGCCAAACUGAAGAAAGGUUUAAAGAACAUUACGUCAACAAAAAACAUUAUUGAUAGGUCUUCGUCCUUUUUUUAUUCAAGCUCCACUGAUAUCUUCUGAAUGAUUCAGAAGACUUUAAAUUUUGUGCAGAAAGUCAGAUUUUACGUUAAUUAAAUUCCUAAAACAUCUCACCUCUUCAGCGGAAGCAAAUAUGGCAGCAUCUUUCCUUCCUUUCUUCUUCUUCUUCUUCUUCCCCGGUUUCGACUCUGAGAAGGAGCAACAAUGGUAAAUGGCAGAAGUACUUGUAAAGCGGUUUUCUAGUCUUCCGACCACUCAAAGCGCUUUCACCAUCAUUCAUUCAUUCACUGAUGGCAGGGUAACCCCUUCAU